CCCUCCAGAUGAUCUUCAGCUGCUGAUUUCCAGCAGCAAAAAGCACUCUUGUCUGCAUCCCAGUGAGGAGAAUCCUUGGGGCAACAUGGAUGAUGACUUUGACCGCCGCAUGGAGCUAAGAAGGCAGAGGAGAGAGCAGAUGCGUCAGGAAGCAGAAAAGGGGGUUUACACUAAUGAUGACGAUGAGGAGGAGGCUCGGGAGCGAAGGAGACGUGCGAGAGAAGAAAGAAAGAAAAUGAGAGACUUGGAGGAGUCCGGAACGACGGACGUGAUCAGUAAUAACAACGUGACAGAGAGCGAAUCUUCUACGACUGUUGGUGAGGAAGCAGAGGAUGACGAGGGUUUGCAGGAGCGCCUGGCCAAGAGGGAGGAGCGCAGGCAGCAGAGGAUGAAGGAGGCUUUGGAGAGGCAGAAGGAACUCGACCCCACAAUCAUCUCCACCAAUGGAACAGACGGGAGCCUGCAGGAGCAACCCUCCAUUAAUGACGACAACAAGCAGAUGGAAGAGGAAGAGAAGCCUGUUGAGGAGAGAGUCAUCGAUACUGAAACUAACUCCUGGAGGAAGGAGGAAGAAGAAAACAAGGAGGAUGAGAAGGAGACUAAGGCGGAGACAGUAACACCUGAAGAGGAGCCUGAGGAACCUGAAGCUGAGAAGGAUACAGAGGAGGAAGCCGCUUCUGAUGAAAACAAGGAGGAAGAAGAUAGAAAGAGGAGAGAGGAGGAGGAAAGACAACACAAAGAAGAGGAAGAAAAGCUAAGGUUGGAGGAGGAGGAGAGGCAGAAAAAGGAAAUGGAGGAAAAAGCACAGAAGAAAGAAGAGGAGAAGAGGAAAAGGGAGGCAGAGGAAAAGAAGAAAAAAGAGGAGGAGGAUAAACGCAAAAAGAGAGAGGCAGAAGAGAAGAAGAAGAAGGAAGAGGCGGAGAAAUCAAAGAAACUUGGCUUUAAGGAAAAGAAUGAGCCUUCCAAGCAGAACGGAGCCAUUUUUGAGAAUAAAUUGAAGAAAACAGAAAAACCAUCAAGGGACAGUGUUCUUGCCACUAAGGCAGAAGACGAGGAGCGAAGGGAGGCCGAGCGGAAGCUGCUGGAGCUGAAACAGCGGCGAAACAAUGCUGAAAGUGAGGAGAUCGAGAAGAUGAGGCAGAAGCAGCAGGAUGCAGAGGCUGAGCUGGAGGAGUUGAAGAGGAAGAGGGAGGAGAGGAGGAAAAUCCUGGAGGAGGAGGAGAAGCAGAGGAAGAAGGAGCAAGAGGAAAAGAAAGCCAGGGAGCAGGAGGAGAGAAGGAGGAUGAGGGAAGAGAUAGAGAGAAGAAGAGCAGAGGCUGCAGAAAAGAAGAAACAAAUGGGGGAAGAAACAGCAAAACCUGAUUUCACUAUCAGUCCCAAAGGCUCCUCUAAGAUCGGGGAAAAGGCCGAAUUUUUGAGCAAGUCAGCUCAGAAAAGCCCAGCCAGAGUAUCACAUACUCCCUUUGUGCCUAAGAUUGGGAGCAAAUUGGAACAGUUUACCUCCGCCGUUCAGGGAAACAAAGAGGUAAAAUCCCCCAAGUCUCCUUUGGCUGAUAUUCCUACAGGAGGCACGCGCAACAUCAAAAGCAUGUGGGAGAAAGGCAGCGUGAGCAGCCCCCCUGAAAGCCCAGCUCCUGAAAACAAGGAAGUGACUGGCAUCAAAGGAAGUGUGACAGGACGGAAGGGAAAGCCUGCAGAAGCAGAGAAGACACCAGCUCCUGCUCCAUCUCCAGCUCCGGCUGCAAAAUCACCAGCAGCAGCUGCAAAGCCAGCAGAAACCAAACCAGGUGAAGUUGGUAAGCGGGGCAUGUGGGAAACCAAGAGAGCUUCUACACCUGCCAAGGUGGCGGUUGGAGGAAAAAGCAAGUUUAAUUAGAAAGUCUCAAACUGCUUAAAAAAACAACAACCAAUGACUUCAUGGUAAAGUUGCUUCCUGACGGAAAAGGUUUCUGCUCUCCUUCGUGCCCCUUUACCCUUCACAGCACUUCAAGCUCCCAGCACAAUGAAAACAGAGGAUCUCAGCUGCUCAUCUUCAGCAACAGCUACCCAUCUGCUCUCUGUUGAAUGAUACACCCUGUACUGCUAUAUGUUGGAUCACCUUCAACGCUAACCGAAAAGCUAAAAAGAUUACACCUGAUUUUAUUUAAAUCUGGAUCGCUAUGGCUGUUGGAUAAGACAUAUAAACAUUUAUUAAAUCGAUUAUAAUCCGCUGUAAAAGUGUUACGAUUAAAAUAUACUAUUACGAUAACUAAAAUGCAUCUGAACAAUGAUUAGUCGACAAAAAGAAUAAGUGAUUUAAGCAACCUCUAAUUGCCUACAGACCAACAGAGGGUUCCAAUAGUGCUAUAACGAUGACACAGGUUGGGUUAACUAAAUUAUUAUCUAUAAACCCAUCUUGAUAGUAAUUCUUUAGUUGUAUAUUGGAAAUAACAGAGGUAACUAUGCUAUGCAAAAUUUGGUUUGGCUCAAGUUUUUAAAUCAAGUCAGUGAGACAGUGAAGAAAAUAUUUGUUGGCUGCAUAUUUUUAAAUGAUUCAGUUUCUUUUAUGUCACAUUUCUAUGCGUUAUAUUAGUCAGUCAGUCAAAAGUAAGGAGUUAAAACUUUGAAAUUAUUUGUUUUUUAGG